CGUUGGCGCUUUUUACAAACUUCAUUUAUAAUUUAUGGACGCAUAAACAGAUGUUAUUGUUAACGGGACCAUUAUCUGGGGGAUUUUAUUCCGCUCAAAUGAAAAUAAGGAUACAAACGAAACAAGAGAUAUCAGAUCCCAGCGUAAAAAAAACUUCCACCCAGUGAUACUCAGGGAACCUGCUGCGCUUCACGGACUAGUCUGCUCGAUUUGACGUUUCUAAUCUUUUAAUUAGUUAAAACUGGCUAUCGCCUAUAGUCAUUUGAAGUCAACUGAUAAGAUGGCAUCUCAUCGUUACGGGGAGCUCAGUGGAUUCGAUUCAGGAUCGCUUAGUGAAAGACAAGACUCAAUGUUUGACCGAUAUCUCGAUGAAAUGAAACCGUACGUACUUCGGCUGCCCCACAAAUCAGAGAGGCAAAGAGUUGCACUAUGGAUUAAAAAACUGUGUGAGCCUCCUGGUCCAGGAACAAGUGGAAGGAAAAACCGCAACCUUUAUGCUCAGUUGUUGCUCCACAUGGUUAAACGCAACCUGUUAGAGGAACCAUUUACCAGACGACCUGAGGCAGGACCACUCAAAACCUUGCCAUCAUACAUGUCCAUUUAUCUUGAUGAACCUAUACAAAAGAGAAGUGCCAGUGCAGAACUUGAAGAGGAAUUUGGUCAUAAACCACCAGAUUGGCUCAAAGAAAUCCCCAGUUCAUCAGGAAGUGCUCUUUCAGAUAUUUCGGGAAGCAUCCCCUCUACUUCAAGAAGGGAGUUGCCAACUACUAGUGGUGUAAAUCCAGUCACUGGGCCACGAUCCACAACUUACAGCACUUCUAGCAGAGAGGAGAAAAAUGGUUAUGAAGUGGCUCCUGGAUUUGAUCAACCACUUGAGGAAAAACGUUACAAGGGAAGACUGUCUUCUGGCUACCCAGGCUCUGAUGAUAUUCUAGAGUUAAGAUAUGGGGGUCGUAUUUCCCCACCACCUCGUCGGCAUUAUGAGAGUCCAUCAGAAUAUCAGCACACCGAUUCAGGGUAUCCUUCUACGUCACCACCAUCAAAAACAAAUCACUACAAUGGGUUUACCAAAGGAAUAUCAUCUUUAAAUGGAACUUUGCGGGAAGACCAUAGCUUCAAUCGUUCCAGUGACAGAGAGAUUGAGCUAAGAACAAAGAUGGUUGAGGCCAAAUAUCAUGAAGAUAAACUUAAACUUCAGCAACAACAUGAUGUUGCAGUUCAAAAGAUUCUAGAUAGAAAGAACAUGGAGUUGGAGGAAGUGAAAUCGCACUACAGAAACAAAAUUACUGAAAUGGAAGCAGCUGCCAAGAAACAGGAAAGGAAAGUCUCCCAGCUUGUAAGAGAUGCUCAGACAAUGAAGGAACAAAGAGAUGCCCAAUUAGCAGAGUUAAAGACCCUUGCAGAGCAGAAUGGUGAAACAGCACAACAUGACUUUGAGAAGAAGUUGAAUGACAAGGUGGCUGAGUUUGAGCAAGAGAAGUUUGAGAUGCAGAAGCAACACACUCAAAACAUUCAAGAAUUACUGGACGAAACAAAUCAGAGAUUGCAAAAAAUGGAGACAGAAUACAACCAACAGAACAGUACUACUAGACUUGUCAUUCAGGAGUUAGAAGCACGAGUACAACAACUUACCCAGGAAUCAGAAGAACUUCAGAAUUCUAGAUCAAAACUUGCCAAGGACAAGGAAGAACUAGAACAGCAAGCAUCAUCUUUGUCAACUGAAUUGCAGGAGGCAAAAUCAAGUCUGUCCAAAAUGGAGAAAGAUCAUUCGCAAGCAAUUAAUGAACAUAAGACGGUAGUCAAACAGUUGAACAAGAAGACAGAUUCCAGUAUGGAAAGCAUGAAGCAACAGCAUACCGCAGCGAUUUCUAAGGCCACCGACACUAUAGCAGAAUUGGAGACACAGGUCAACCAACUUAAACAAGCUCUACAAGAUUCGGAGUUUCAACGACAGAGGCAGCUUAGGGAACUAGAAUCUGCCCACAAGCAGGAGAAAUUGAAUUUAGAACAUUUACACGAGAAAAAGAUUCGAGGUAUUCAAUCUGAGCUCGAACAAGGCGAGGCAGAAUCGGAGAAGCGGAUGAGAAAGUUGGAAAAUCUUGUCAA